GUAAGCAGACAAAAUCAGAGAAAAUCGAAGUGAUGAUGUGUGUUUCUCGUCAAUCUUCUUUUCUGUUCUGAAGUGGUCUUUUGUUUCUUCCCAAAGCUUGUUCAGUUAAAUCAGAAUGAUAACUUUAAAAAUGGCUGAUUGGGGUCCAACGCUUAGGCAAAUCUACUUAGUGUUUAUUUGUCUGAUUAGCAGCGGGAUACUUGCAGUUCAUGCCAAUGUCAAUCCAUCAGAAAUUGAAAAACAUCUAGAACUUGGAAAGGAAAUGAUGGCAAAGGGUCAACUUCAGGAUGCAUUAACACAUUUUCAUGCAGCUCUAGAAGGAGACCCUAACAAUUACUUAACAUUGUACAGAAGAGCCACUGUAUACCUUGCUCAGGGAAGGGCAAGGGCAGCUCUAGAAGAUUUAAACAGGGUUCUAGAAAUUCAGCCAGAUUUCAUCCAGGCCAGAUCUCAAAAGGGGAACAUACUGAUGAAGCUUGGACGUCUAGAUGAAGCUCAUAUUGAGUUGGAAAAAGUUCUUAAGAAAGAACCUGCAAACGUUGAAGCAAACAAGAAUUAUUUAGCAAUUGAAACUUUGAAGAAAAGUUACAUGCAGGCUCGGAUGUUUUUCAGUGACAAGGACCACUAUCAUGCUAUUGAUGUCUUGACUCAAAUUAUAGAAAUUUGCCCAUGGGAUAUUAGUUUGCGAGAAAUGCGCUCCGAGUGCUAUCUUGCCAUUGGGGAGUCAUCAAAAGCAAUUUCAGAUUUAAAAGCAGCCACAAAAUUGAUGUCGGACAAUACGGGCGCAUUCAUGAAGCUGUCUAAAUUGUAUUAUGCCUUAGGAGAACCAGAGGAAUCUUUGAAUCAAGUCAGAGAGUGUUUGAAACUUGAUCCAGAACACAAAGAAUGCUUCCCCCACUAUAAGAAGGUGAAGAAGGUUGCAAAACUUGUGCAGGAUCUACAGGCUAAUGCCAAUGACAAUAAUUAUCAAGGAUGUGUUGCAUCUGCUAAAAAGGUCUUGAAAGUGGAUCCGAACGUACCAGAAUUAUUGUUUCUGGCUGAAGAUAAACUCUGUCAUUGUUAUCUUCAUUUGGGUGAGCAUACAGAAAGUCUAGAGUUCUGUUCGUUAGCCUUGGCCCGACAUGCAGAGCCGAGAAUAUUUUGUGACCGAGCCGAAGAUUAUGUCGCACUUGAUAUGCUUGAUGAAGCUCAACAAGACUAUUCUAAGGCGCUAGAAAUUGAAGAAUCGUUUGCGCGAGCAAAGGAAGGGAUGCAAAAAGUCCAAAAAUUGCAAAAACAAGCAAAGAAACGUGAUUAUUACAAGAUUCUUGGCGUAAAAAAGAAUGCCAAUAAACGAGAAAUCGUUAAAGCUUACCGAAAACAAGCACAGCAAUGGCAUCCAGACAACUUUCAAAAUGAUGAAGAGUCUAGAAAAAAGGCUGAAAAGAAAUUUAUUGACAUUGCUGCAGCUAAAGAGGUUUUGACGGAUCCAGAAAAGCGUCAAAAGUACGACAACGGUGAGGAUCCUUUGGAUCCCGAAUCCCAACAAGGCCAAGGCUUCAACCCUUUUCAACAAGGAGGAUUCCAUAAUUUCCAUGGUGGCCAGUUCAGGUUCCACUUUAAUUAAGCAAAGAAAAAAAAAUAAGAUAGCGUGACUCACUUUUGUGGAGUCGUAACAACCAUUUUUGUCCUAAAAGAUCGUUUAGGUCUCGUCAUCGUGGGUCAUUGACAUUUAUCUUUUUUUUUUUGUUCUUUUUUUUAACCUUACAAUUUUCAUCGAUUCGGCAUGCCUGUGAAUUUUGUACAUAGAACUUUUGGUAUCUAAUUAAAUAUUGAUACUCAAAUCGUCAGUUUUGAA